UGUAGCAUGUGAGUUCGAGUUGGACUGUGAGUCUGUGUCGGAAGUUAGUUUCGGAAAAAGUUUCCUUUACUCUUUUCAGACGCAUAUAAAAUGAACAUUAGGUGUGCUACGCCUGAAGAUCUGAUGAACAUGCAGCAUUGUAACUUGCUGUGCUUACCUGAAAAUUAUCAAAUGAAAUAUUAUUUCUACCAUGGUUUGUCUUGGCCUCAGUUGUCAUAUGUUGCAGAGGAUGAGAAAGGAAAGAUUGUGGGAUAUGUACUGGCAAAAAUGGAAGAAGAGCCUGAUGAAGCUGUUCAUGGACAUAUUACUUCCUUGGCAGUUAAACGUUCACACAGAAGACUAGGUUUGGCUCAAAAACUCAUGGAACAGGCAUCCCGUGCUAUGGUUGAAUGCUUCAAUGCUCAGUACGUCUCACUUCAUGUAAGAAAAAGUAACAGGGCAGCUCUUCAUCUUUACAACAAGACUCUGGGAUUCAGGUUAGCUUCAUAAAAAGAGUAACACCUGGAACAAAAACUUGCACUUUGUGUGGCUUCAUAUAUUUCUACACCCACAUCAGCUAAGGCAGCCAGGGGUGGAAGUUCUAAUAGUAAAUAUUUUUGAUUCUAUGGAAGAAGCAAAGCAGUAACCUGAUCAGUUUUGGAGGGGUGGGGUGUUGGGGGUGGAUUUUUGGCUUCUAAACCUUUUAAUGCCCAUGAGUGACCAAGACAGAAUUUCUCCUUA